AUUUGAAGAUGUGGCUGUGGACAUUACCCAGGAGGAAUGGCAGAGCAUGGACAAUACUCAGAGGACCCUGUACAGGGAUGUCAUGCUUGAGACCUAUAGCAAUCUGCUGUCCGUGGGGUACUACAUAACAAAACCUGAUGUGAUCUUCAAGUUGGAACAAGAAUCAGUACCAUGGACAAUGGAAAAAUCUGUUAACCAGCAGCUUCCAGAUCCUUGCAGAAAGAAUGAGCUGCUUGGAACUAAUCAGGAAAAUCAAAAAACCGCUUUCAGGCAACCUGAUGAAAUGUCACUUGGGAAAAAUUGCACCUCUAGUGCAUCUGAGAACAAACUCCAAUGUGGGGAAAAUCUCAGUCAGCAUGACAAGGCAUACAGUUGUAAGCAGUGUUUUGAAGACAAUGGGAAAGAAGAAACUUUCAGCAGGAACACGUUCCUUAAGUGUGAGAAAAUUUGUGUCAAAGACCCAUUUAAUGACCCUAUUAUAAUUGGAGAAACAAUUCAGGUUGACAAGAAAAUAUUCCAUGGCAAUCCUUAUUUUGGCAUCCAUCAACAAACACACUCAGGAAAGAAACUCCAUGAACAUUUCAAGAGUGAGAAAUGUCCUAUUUUUAAAGGAGAUAUUAAAAUAAAUCAGAUGAUCCAAACAGCUAAAAAUCACUAUAUAUGUCACUACUGCAAACAGUCUUUUAGCUGUACCUCUUGCUUUACCACCAAAGAGAGAUGUGAGAUAGAAAAUUUCUGUAUAUGCAAUGAAUGCAAAAAAACCAUUUACCAGAAGUCGGAAUUUGCUAGAGAUAAAAUGCUUCCCAAUGAGGACAAAUCAUAUGAAUGUAAUGAACUUGUGAAAUCCUUUUGUGCUCAAUCAGGUCUCAUUAGUCAUCAGAGAAUUCACUCAGGGGAAAAACCUUAUAAAUGUAAUGAGUGUGGAAAAACCUUUUGCAAGCCAUCAGUUCUCAUUAAACAUCAGAGAAUUCACACAGGGGAAAAACCUUACGAUUGUAAUGAAUGUGGGAAAUCUUUUUGUCAAAAGUCAUCCCUAAUCAUACAUCAGAGAACCCAUACAGGAGAAAAACCUUAUAAGUGUAGUGAGUGUGGGAAAGGUUUUUGCCAGCAGUCAGGUCUCAUUGUACAUCAGAGAAUUCACACAGGGGAAAAACCGUAUAAAUGUAGUGAGUGUGGAAAAGCUUUUUGUUACAAGCCAUCUCUAAAUGCACAUCAGAGAAUCCACACAGGGGAAAAAGCUUAUGAAUGUAGUGAGUGUGGGAAAGCCUUUUGCCAGCAGUCAGGUCUCAUUGUACAUCAGAGAAUUCACACAGGGAAAAAACCCUACAAAUGCAAUGAGUGUGGAAAGGGUUUUUGCACAAAGUCACACCUAAUCACACAUCUGAGGAUCCACACAGGGGAAAAACCUUAUACAUGUAGUGAGUGUGGUAAAGCUUUUUGUCAAAAGUCACAUCUAAUCAUACACCAGAAAAUACACACAGGAGAAAAAGCUUAUGAAUGUAAUGAGUGUGGAAAAGAAUUUUACCAGAAUUCAGGUCUCAUUAACCAUCAGAGAAUUCACACAGGGGAAAAACCUUAUAAUUGUAAUGAAUGUGGGAAAGCUUUUUGUCAAAAGUCCUCUCUAAUUAUACAUCAGAGAACCCAUACAGGAGAAAAACCUUAUAAGUGUGGUGAGUGUGGGAAAGGUUUUUGUUGGAACUCACAUCUAAUCAUGCAUCAGAGAAUCCACACUGGGGAAAAAGCUUAUGAAUGUAGUGAGUGUGGGAAAGCCUUUUGCCAGCAGCCAGGUCUCAUUGUACAUCAGAGAAUUCACACAGGGGAAAAACCGUAUAAAUGUAGUGAGUGCGGAAAAGCUUUUUGUUACAAGACAUCCCUAAAUGCACAUCAGAGAACCCACACAGGGGAAAAAGCUUAUACAUGUAGUGAGUGUGGCAAAGCCUUUGGCCAGCAGUCAGGUCUCAUUAGACAUCAGAGAAUUCACACAACGGAAAAGCCCUAUGAAUGUAGUGAGUGUGGAAAAGCCUUUUACCAGCAGUCAGGUCUCAUCACACAUCAGAAAAUUCACACAGGGGAAAAAUCCUAUAAAUGUAAUGAGUGUGGAAAUGGUUUUUGCACUCAGUCAGUUCUCAUUAGACAUCAGAGGAUCCACACAGGGGAAAAACCUUAUAAAUGUAGUGAGUGUGGAAAAGCUUUUAGUCGGAAGUCAUACCUAAUCACACAUCAUAGGAUUCACACAGGAGAAAAACCUUAUAAAUGUAGUGAUUGUGGAAAAGCUUUUUGUCAAAAAUCAUCCCUAACCGUACAUCAGAAAAUCCACACAGGAGAAAAACCUUAUCAAUGUAGUGAGUGUGGGAAAGCAUUUUGCCAUAAAUCAGACGUAAUCAGUCACCAUAGAGUUCACACAAGAGAGAAACUUUUUCAAUAUUAUGAGUAUGGAAAAUCUUUUUGCUAGCAGAGAGUUAUUACAUAAGCAAAUUCUUAUGCCUGAACAAGUGUUGAAAAUUGAUACACAAAACAUUGAUUUUAAUAGAAAGCAAAAACUGACGUAGGUUUACAAUUCAGUAGCAUAUUAGCGAAGGAACAAAAAUAGUACAUUGACUAAAAACAAUCAUCUUUCUGAAGUCAAUCCUCUGCAGAUCCUAUGAAGCUCAGAGAAACAACGGUAUUUAAACAGAAAAACUAGCUACUAUAAACCUACUGUCAUAGUCAAAUCUUAUAAAGUCCAAA